UUGUCUAAGACCAGUUCGGACCAAGAUGGUGGGAGCUUAUAAAGGGUUUGUCUGCAAUAGACGGGAUCCAGUCAGUGUCGGAUAGACUCCGGAUCUAGUCACGACAUAGGACUUAUUCUAGUGGUUAGCAGGAAAACGGUUCGGAGAAAGAGUGCUAAAGAUGGGCAGACUAGUGUCGGUGAUCCUUCUGGUAGCAGCUUUCGCUGGAAGCCAAUCAGCGCCAACGACCACCAUCAUCCACCAACCGGCUCAGUACUAUCUGCUGCAGCCUCAGCCGUCGACCCUCAAGAUCCAGCCGCAUCUCAUUCAACCCAUUCAGCAUCUGAAGCUGGAACAACCCAAACAGCAGCUGGUCUACUACUAUCCAUCGAUUCCGCUGAGCAGUUCAAUCAGCUAUGACAAACCGAUUCGGCUGGUGUCGCUCAAGCAGGAGGAGCAGCCCUGGUGGCAAGGAUUCGUGAACUUUUUCCAGCCGAGCACGGAAAAGCCCGCCGAAUCCCCUGAAUCCGCAACGGAAGCUCCAGCUGCCCCAGCCGAAGGCGAAGCUGCCGCGAUGAUGAAGAACCAGAUCUUCAUGGCUCCGGCUGAUGCCGAGCAGCUCCCGUCCAAAGCGGAAGCCCAACCAAACCAGCUAGGACAUCGGUAUUACAUCCUGUCCGGUGCACCCCAGUUCUACGGCAACUUUGACGCCUUGCAAAACCCGCUGAACCCGAUCUUCAGCCUUCAACCGCUGCAAGCCAUCCAUGCCCGCUCGAACUCAGAAAUCCAGGCCGAGCCACAAAUCGUGUCUUCAAUCGCCCCAAUUGCUCCAGUCCCAGCUCCGGUUCCAGCUCAACUGAAAAACGACCUGCUGGAGUCACACCCGGACAAGUCGGCCACCAUCGAGCGUAACUGGGCUCGUUCCCUGGACGAUGAACCUAUUCCGGAACCGGAACUGCCACAGGGUCGCUCCCAAUCGGACGAGCCAAGUGAGCAGAACCUUCCGCAGGUCACCGACGAAGAGAGCAAGAAGGAAGAGAUGGGAUCGCUGAGGCAGUCGAAUGAUCCUUCGGUUGCGGCCGUCAAGCCAACGGGAAUCGCCCUCGCCGGCCGAGGAGGUUUGGCCGCUUCCGCCCCAACCGGCACGGCCAUCGCAGGCAAAAAUGGACUGGCUCUGGCUUCGCCAACGGCCACCUCCGUUGCUGGAAACUUCUUCGAAGACGACGAGGACAAGAACAAGAACUGAAUCGGAUGUCGGAACUCGAAACUGGAACAAGAUCAAUUAGUGGCGUAGGUGUAGUCUUAUCCUUUAGGGUUUAGGGAAAUCCAUGAGCAAAAUGAUACAAUCUCAACAUUGGUGCUGGUAGGAAAAGCUUAGAGGCGAUCGAAUUCGGUGCCAACCCACGCUUGGCGUGGUAAGCGAUCGCCUGGUCAAGUGGGGGACAACUUUAGUGUUCAAGGAUAUUUUUGUAUACGUAAACGUAACUCUCUCGAUCCUUGCGGCGAAAUGAACGGCGUUUUCUGGCCUCAAGGAGAGAGCGGACUGACGAUCCCACCUCAAAGAGGGCGGGUCAUUUUCAAACAAGUGUUUUGGAUUUGGAAACUGGUGAUUUAGGAUUUAUUCAAAAUUUUUAGAUUGUAGGUUUUAGGAUAAGAUCAUCAUCAUUAA